UCUUUGAGUACUUCAAUCGACGAUGUUGCGUUUCGGAAAGCAGAAGCACACGAAGACUGCGAACGCCCGCGCCAAACCGCAAAGAUGUCGUCGACGGCAGCGUUUGAGUCGCCAAUCCCGAUAGAGAACUCGAGGCAGGUGUCCGCGCUGGUCACCUCUGCGCUCUGCAUCUUUGUGACAGUUCUUUUCGUCGGGUUGCGGUUGUUCGCCAAGUGGAAGAUGUCCAAGCCUUUCGAUGGCAGCGACCUCUCCAUUUUCGCAGCUUUGAUUUUUAAUACUGCUCUACAUAUAGAUAUGUAUAUCAUGGUGUUCAAUGGUGGCUUUAGCUUCCAUGUGCAGGAUGUCGCGAUGCGGUUUGGACCCGAUGUCCUCACGGUUUUCUUCAAAUGCAUUAUGGUAUUUGCCCUACUCUGGAACGCCACGACAUGCUUCACCAAACUCUCGAUUCUCCUGAUGUACGUCUCGGUAUUCCCGGUCCGCCGCAUGACCCUCGCUUGUCGCGGCCUCGGCAUCUUCAUCAUCCUAUGGAACAUUGGAGGCGUCCUUGGCGGAUUGCUGGUUUGCCGCCCCAUCUCGAUGAACUGGGACCAAACCACCCCAGGCGGGAAAUGUGGUAACCAACCGAUGUACUACAUGGCACUGGGAGUUAUCAAUAUUCUCGUCGAGGUUACAAUGCUAGGGCUUCCGUUCCCUGUCCUAUACAAACUGCAGAUGCCACUGCGCAAGAAGCUGGUGGUAUUUGGCAUGUUUAGUGUUGGGUUUGCUACCUGCGGCAUCACAAUCUACCGGCAAGCAACACUGCCCGGGGUCAAAUUCGCCGACAUGACAGACAGCGGACUUCUCGCGACCAUCUUCUCCGGACUCGAGCCUUCGGUGGCACUCGCACUCUCUUGCGUUCCCUAUCUUCGCCCGUACUUCGGCGGCACGUUCCGCACCCCCAAGAAUACAUACAACUCAGACGGAGUCAUCAAGUCCCACGAGGGCAAUGCGAGCAACAACAGCCGUCCAUUUGAGGAACUCAAUGACGAUGCGUCGGAAGUUCAGCUACGACCUAUGAAGGUACGACAGGACGUCCAUGUUUCCGCAGACAGCGACGAAGAAGGACGAAACGCGAAUAAAUCACCCUUCAUCACGGUUAAGAGGCGCUGGGAAGUUCGAUCGGAUACAGAUCAUUGAAGCUUCGGAAAGGAGAAAUCACAAAAGUUGGGGAAUGGUAUACAGUGCUACAGUACGGCACAGCUGGAAGACUAUAAAGUCUAGUUGGGUGUGUGCAGUCCCCGGAGGGGUGUUCCGGUUUUGGUAUUUAAUAUUACCUUUAAGUUAUGUUUUGGGGAAACUCACGAAUCACCAUGGCGAACGAUCAGCAACAGGGAGAUUAGCAAAGGGCGGUCGGGGUUGACGCCUUAGCUAUGGACUACUCUUCCUUACAGGGGCGGGAUAUUUGAG